AUGCUGCGUGGAGGUAUGACUAAAGCACAAAGAUUGCUUAACGCGAUAACUUCCGACUUGUUGGAAACACCACCCCUGCGUGCCGGUUUCAAAGCACAUAUUGCGGAAAAUGCCAACAUGCUAUUAUGGUUGCUCCUUGUUUUUGUGGACCUUUAUCGUACACGUAGAGGUUUGGUCAAGCUUAAUGUUCGGUACUCAAAGCGCAAAAUGACAUGA